AUGGACCUUAUAGCUCAAUCAAGUUGUGUGUGUCACCAUGGAAGUAGUGUCAUCGUCUCUGGGAUUCCGACACCUAUCGUCCCUUCCCGUGACGUCGAGCCUCAUCACCGUCCUCAUCGUUCCUUUAAAGAUAGAGCGCCGGCGAAAUCUCUGGCUAGACCCAGCAGAACUAGACAACCUUUCAAUUUUCCCACCAAAAAUCCCAAACCUUUUAGGGAGAGAGACGCUUUCCCUUCUUCUCUUCCGCUCCAUUCCAAAAACCCAUACAGUAUCCACAGAGAUAUUCAAAAGUUUGCGAGGCAGAACAAUCUCGAAGACGCUCUCAUGAUUCUCGACUAUCUCGAACACAGAGGAAUUCAUGUAAAUGCGACAACUUUCUCCGCCCUUUUAGCCGCGUGUGUUCGCCGGAAGUCGCUAUUUCACGGUAAGCAAGUCCAUGUUCAUAUCCGCAUCAAUGGUCUUGAGAACAACGAGUUUAUUCGGACCAAGCUCGUUCAUAUGUACACUGCCUGUGGUUUGGUCAUGGACGCACAUAAGGUGUUCGACGAAAGUACUAGCUCAAAUGUUUAUUCCUGGAAUGCGUUGCUUAGAGGGACUGUGAUAUCAGGGAAGAGGAAGUAUCAAGAUGUUCUUUCUACGAUUACGGAAAUGAGAGAGCAAGGUGUUGAUUUGAAUGUCUUUAGUUUCUCUAAUGUGUUCAAGAGUUUUGCUGGUGCAUCUGCUUUUUGUCAAGUACGGGCAACAAAAAAUCAGAUGAAAUUAACCAAAUUGAUGAUUUUUGUCAAGUUGGUUGUGUUACUCUUCAUUGUGAUUCUGUUGAAGAUCAGAAUAUGA